UCUCUGACGUGCGGCACGAUUUCUCUGACGGCAUGAGGGGCUUCCGCUCUGCGCUCUGCCGCGCGGCGGCGCGGACGCGGGCGGAGCUCCAGGGCGCGCGGGGCCGCCGGCUGUCCCACUCCGCCGCGGCGCCCGCGAGGCCUUCCUUCGGCAUCGCCUUCGACAUCGACGGGGUCAUCCUGCGCGGCCGUAGCCCUAUCGGAGGCUCGCCGCAGGCCAUCCGGCGCCUCUACGCGGACGACGGUACCCUGAAGAUUCCGUUUCUCUUCUUAACCAACGGAGGCGGUGUUCCAGAAUAUAAAAGAGCUCUGGAGUUAAGUGAGCUUUUGGGAGUUAACAUCUCUCCAUCUCAGGUUGUUCAUGGCCAUUCUCCUUACAGAGAGCUGUUGAAGCGUUUUGAAGAUGAUCCUAUUGUUGCUGUUGGAAAAGGUGAGCCUGCAGCAGUGAUGGCUGAGUAUGGGUUUAGAAAGGUUUUAUCUAUAGAUGAUUAUGCAUCUUAUUUUAGAGAAAUUGACCCCCUAGCUCCUUUCAAGAAAUGGAACGUGGGACAAUCAAACUGUCAAAACGUAAUGUCUGAGAAAAUGCACCCACCAUAUGAUGUUCACUCGGAGAGAGUUAAAGGAGUGUUUGUUGUCAGCGACCCUGUUGAUUGGGGUAGAGAUCUGCAGGUACUUUGCGACAUCUUGUCAACUGGUGGACUUCCUGGAAAUGGAAAAGGAGAUCAACCUCCUUUAUAUUUUGCGGCUGAUGAUCUUGAAUAUCAGGCUGCAUUUCCUUCAGAGCGGCUUGGGAUGGGUGCCUUCAGGAUUGCACUCGAAAGCAUCUUCAAUCAAGUUAAUGACCUUCCAUUGAAGUAUACAUCUUAUGGGAAGCCUAAUCCAUUUGUGUUCAAGAAUGCAGCUAACAUACUAGAAAAAAUUGUCAUGGGUAUCUAUCCAAACUCACAGUCAACAAAGGAAGUAAAAGACCAUCAGCUCUCUACUAUCUACAUGAUUGGUGAUAAUCCUAAAGUUGAUAUUUGUGGAGUUUUGAAGGCUGGGCCUCCGUGGUCGUCCAUCCUUACUAGGACUGGUGUUUUUAGGGGAACUGAUAAUGAUCCAAAAUUUCCUGCUGAUUUGGUUGUUGAUACUGUGGAUGAUGCCGUCAGCUGUAUUUUGGAAAAAGAAUGUAUUCGGUGACAUUUGGCUGCAGAUCUAUGCUCCCAUGCCACCAACUGUAUUCUCGAAAAGAAACCUAUACGGUGACAUUGUGGCAUCUGCACACCUAUGCUCCCAGUACUGCUAUUUGGACGCUUGGUAACACAUUUUUGCCAUUUUUCAGUCUAGAAAUGUUGGACCAAACAGUUGGCUGGAGUUCGAUCGAUGCAUGUCUGAUUGGUUGUAGGAUACAGAUAUCCUCUAGAGAGGAAAACAAUUAUCUUCCUAGGAUCAUAUGCAUCCACUACCCAAUUAGUUGUAUAUAGAAUCAACCAUUCACAUAUCUAGACAAAUGGUCUGUCCCUCAAGAGGGUCACAAUGAUUUUGCAGAAAAACAAAGCAUACACUCUGGUGCUUGGUAAUCAAAGAAAUAUUCUUUGAAAUUCGUGAGUUUGAAAUUUACUACUCGAAUUGGAAGAUCAAAAUCAUGGUACUCCCUCCGUCCCGCGGAGAGUGUCGGACCGGUAUUUUUUCGAAAACAUCCCUCAGUUUUUCCCGACCAAAGAGAUGGUCCUGUCUGGCGUCCCGACCGCACAACCGAGCCUCUCCUUCCUCACGCCGCCACCCGCUCUCCUCGAUGGCGCCCGCUACCCUCCAUCCCGACGCCGCCGGCGCCCGCCACCCGCUCCCCUCCCCAUGCCGCCGGCGCCCGCAACCCGAUCCCCUCCCCACUCCGCCAGAUCCCUCUCCUUAUCUGGCGUCGCGGUCGCUUCUUCCUCUCGUGCCCAGCGAGGUCCAGCUAAAAUUGGGACUUUUAGCGAACGGCGGCGGAGCUCCAGUCGCGGUGGUGCAUGGAGGAGCUCCAAUCUCGGUGGUGGUGUUGGAUCUUUCGAGGAGGCGUUGUUGGAUGCACGUCACGGCAGAGCUCCGGCCGCCCUCUUCCUCUCGUGUCCACCAAGGUGGAGCUAAAAUUGGGACUUUUCCCUCCGGCGGCGGAGCUCCAGUCGUGCUGGUGGAUGGAGGAGUUCCAAGCGCGGUGGUGGUGCUGGAUCUGUCGUGGUGGCGUUGGUGGCGGCACGGCGGAGCUGCAAUCACAGUCUUGGUGUUGGAUUUGCUGCUGCCUCCCCGAGAUCCUCCCGAGCGGAUUUGGUGCUGGAUUUGCUUGCUGCCGGAGCUGCUGCUUUCUCCCUGAGAUGCUACUUCGACAAGAUGCUGCUGCAGCCUGCAGGGACAUAUGUUACAACUACAUCAGGGACAUAUUUCUGCUUUCUGCUGGUAGUGGACUACAUCAGGGAAAUCCUGAACUACAGUGCUUGCAAUUGAACUUGGAAUGGCAUAUUCAGUGCUCGGAAUUGAACUUGGAAGGGCAUAUUCAAGGGGAGGAUGACGAGCAACAGUCAAGGACGGUGACGAGCAAGAGAUAAGUGAUGAGCACUGGCCCUUCUUGUUCAGAUGAGGGCGAUGAGCAGUGGAGCAGAGGAGGCGCAGGGAGCAGCAGCCCUGCCGCGGCACCGGUUUUGCUUGGUUCCCGCUGUUGAUUCGAGAAGGAUCAGCCGCCCUGCCGUGGCACGCUGUCGAGGAGGAGGACCGGCGGAGCAGCAACCGUCGUACGUGCGAAGCGGAGGAGGACCGGCGGCGCAGGGAGUAGGACGAGAACGAGGGCGAGCUCGCGGCCGCGAUUAGGCCAGCGGCGAGGCGCGCGGAGCAGGGCAGAAGCGGCGCGCCGGAGCAGAGAAGGACCGGCGGCGCCGCGCCGGAGGGAGGAGGUCGACGACGACGAAGACAAGGUCGGGCGCGGCGCUGGGAGCAAACCAGCGGCGAGGAGCAAUCCAAUCAGGACGCGCGCAGCAGGUAGCAGGUCGUGCUUGCUGAUUGAUCGAUGAUGGAGGCGGACGUCGAGGACGACGGCAGCGGACGUCGAGGACGAAGGCGGUGGACGUCGAGGACGACGGACAAGAUUCGUGUUUGAAUUUCGAAUUGGAAGGCCAAUUUGAAAUGUUUUGAACGCUUUCCGGGUUUUUUUGCAAAAACUACUUUGUUCUAUGCCUCCGACACUUUCCACGGGACGGAGGGAGUACCAUACUUAAAAGGACGUUUGGAUCCGAGUGCGGUGUUUUGUAGCUUGGGUUACAUGUAGGUCAUUUUUUUGAAUUUUUUGAAAAUGGUAAUUUAGAGUUUCAAGAAAAAUCUGAAAAAAAAAUCUAGACAUAGAUAAUGAUGUAUUCUAUAAACGUGCAAAUUUUGAACUCAAAAUACCUUAUAUUUUAGGAA